AUUCACCAUUGCCGUCUCGUCCACAUGUUUUUUUCCAAUUUGCACAGAGGCUGCACAAUUUCGCUAUAAUGAUACCUUAAUUUUUUUUUUUUCGGCAUACAUGUCAAAGUAUUUAUGAAUUUGUGCAUUUCCAAAAAUACACACUGCUGCUUCCUAUUUAUACUAUGUGUUAGCAGAUUGCUAGCUUGAUAAGUACCAACGUGUUCUACUUCGACGACCGUGGAAAAUCACCAUCCAAAAUGGCUUGCUACAUCCCAGUCAGGCAACUUUCAACAGUUGGACAGGUGGAGGUGGGCAUAGAAUACCAGCACCUGCACGAUGAGAGUGGAUACGUGGUAGAGGGCAGAGACUGCAGUGACUAUGCCACCUCCAGUGACGUCAUGCUGAAGAAGGAGCAGAAGGACGUGGAGCUGGAUAAAAAGAUUGAGGCUCUCCGCAGGAAGAAUGAAGCCCUCAUGAAGAGGUACCAGGAGGUAGAGGAGGACAAAAAGAGAGCGGAGGAGGAAGGAAUGGCACUGCAGAGCCCCAAGGGCAGCGCAGGGGACUUAACCAUCACCAUCAACAAGUCUACCACUGAGCCUCGUGUUGUGAUGACCAAACCAGGAGCGGGUGGUUCUCCCACCCCAAAGGGGGUCCAGGACCUUGGGGAGAGGGAGGUGGAGGGGAACCUGCUGGGCUCAGGACGCGGCAGGAGGAAGCAGCUACUGGUCACCAUGGCUGGCAACACAAAGGGUAAGAGGGUGGUGAGUGAGAGGCUGGAGAGAAGGCCAGGUCCCCCCAGUCUGCUGAAUGUGAAGAGCCCUACAGAGGAUGGCUUGUACCAGCACCUUGUGGAAUCAGCAGGCAGAGGAAAACACCAGCACACUAACACAGCAAAGAAAGACACAGGACCACAGGAUGAAGGGGGGCAGGGAAAGGGUGUGACAGAGGAGCGUCACUGGCUGUCAGAGUGUGAGCCUUACUACCAGAAGUCUGAGGGGCCAGGCCUGGCGGGCGACACAGACCUUACCAUCCCCACGUCCAAUGAGGAGCAGCAGGAGUACCUGCGCUGGAAGAAGGAGCGUGAGCAGAUCGACCGGGAGCGUGUGGCCCGCCACAGAAAUGCCAAUGGCCAGUGGAGGCGGGCAUGGGACAUGGACAAAACAGAGAAUAUGUUUUCAGAUAAAUCUCCUGAGGAGAGAGUACAGGGGCCUCCAGAUAGAGGAGGAAAAAAUGCAAGGAGAGGUUACCCCAAAUCAAAUGCUCAGUCACGGGUUCAGCAACCACGGGGCAGAGACAAGGGGGUUAAAAAAGUGCCAGUGGUCAGCAGUAAAGCCAAGGGCAAGGAUCGGCUGACUGGGAGGGCCAGGAGAUGGGAUGCCAGUGAGGAUGGGGAUGAUUUGCAGGCCUCCGAGACAAGUUUGGAGGAAUUCUUAGAAGAGCUUGAUGCUUUGGUUGGGCCUGACGUAGACGACUCCACUGCAGAAACUCCAGAGGUCAAAUAUGUUUACCUCAAAAUUGAGUCUUUCCUGACCCCGGAUGUGGUGAAGACCGAGGAGGUGAGUGGACCCGUCAGUCCUGCCCUGGACCAAGCCGACUGGCUUCAAGCCCCAGCCGACACCUCAGAGGAGGGUACACCCAGACAGAAGGCUGAGGAAUUGUCCCCUCGAGCUGCAGAGAAGAAAGUCCGCUUCUCGGUGGAGCUCAUCAAGGGGCCCGGGGCCUAUGAGAAGCCCAGUACGGGAGCCCAGAACUCUGCCCGCUCAGAAACCAAGGGAGCCAGCACUUUAAAAGUGUCCUCCCCCAGGAAAAACAGCCAUGAGGUGGAGGAGCCGAAGCAGGCCCCCGAGGGCCCUCAGAAGGAUGCUGGUAAUGCCCUGGACCAGGGUAAUAAACCUGCUGAAGCUGUCCAGUCACAAAGCUCAUCGGAUGGGCAGACACCGGGGCAGGAGAGCUCUGAGCUUCCCGAUUCCUCCAAAACAGAGUGUGCUGAAAGCGGCCAUGACAGUGUGCCCACCCCUGUUUUUCCCACUUCACACAGCAAUGUCAAAGACGCUGCCCCUCCACAGGAGAAUGCUGUCCAGCCUUUAGAACACGCUAAGAGCAAUAGCAAUAGAAAUACAGAGGAACUGAUUGACUCUAGUCUGUCUGUUCUGAGGCUGGAGUCAGGAGAGACUCACCCAACCCACACCACCAGCACUGACAAGGCAAGAGAAAAUGGGAAGAUUGUUUGAAGGACUUUCAACGUUUAUAUGAAUUGGUCGAUAUGUAAAACCAAAAUAUGCGUAAGUAGAGAAUUUACCGUAAGCCUUUUAGUUUAAAGUGGAACUCACAGCACUUUAACUACUUUGCAGAUAUGAAACAAACAGACAAUCAUAAUAUCAGUGAAAAAUAUCACAUUCCCAGUUCAUGCUACAAAACCAACUUUUUAUAAGAGGUUUUUAAAAUAGGUUCUAUUUGACAAAAAAUUCCAUCACGUAGAGUAAGACAUUGUUGUCAGAAUAGAUGGAUGCAGUUCAAUGCAUGAUUCAUAUAAUUCACCAAUACAUUUCAUGGUAUUCCAAAACAUAUUGUUAUCAGCUUGUAAAUCACAGCUGUCCUGGUAUAUUGUUUGCUGCCUCUGUUCGGGAUGCACUGUUUCAGUUUCAAUGACUCAAUAUUUUGUCCAAAAUAUUGACAAAUAUAAUUUAAACUCGGGAUGUCAAUACAAUAGUGAUGGACAUUCAGAGUAUUUUCUGUGAGUUGGCUAAUUUGGCUCCGUUCACUUAAAAGAGCUGGCUCAUUUGGCUCUGAAACGGCUCUUUGUUCCAACUGCAUAAAAAUGGACCUUGAACCAUGAUUUUUAGAACCAACCUCCAAUGUCAAGCCCAAAAAGUAGGCUACCAUUAUAUCAGAUCGGGAAAUUCGGAUUCAAUUACAUUUUUACCUGGCCAAAUUUAUUAGAUUAUUAUUAGUUUAAGCACUGCAAAAAUGAGUGUGGACCCGAAUGUAUGCAUAGUAUUUGUAUAGUAGCAGUAUGCAAAUCAGGAAGCCAAAUUAACAUCUCUUUCAACAAUGCAAUUCGGUUCCCGAUGUUCACCAAAAAGUUAUGUUCAAGCUAACGACCCAUCACUACAAUCAAACUAGCAAGGGCAAUGAUCACAAGUCAGUCAUAACGUGGCUAAUAGGCUAGCGUAUUCAUUUAUGUAACAAGCUAAAAACACUGAGCCAAAUGAGCUAGCUGCUGGGAGGAUGUCAUUUUUCGGUGGCAACAGCUAGAGAUGAAUUUGGUUAGCUAGCAAGAGAUGUGAAUCGCUUGGCUAGCUAUGCUGAACUUGAACGACCGUUACACACAGUUAGCAUGCAGAUCUCUUAGUUGUCAAUCAAAUGUAUUUGGCAUCAAUCAAAUGGGCGGGCAGGCAGUUCCCAUUCAGUUGUCAAAACGUAGAUUGGGACAAGCAUGCAUUGGCAGGCAAGCUGCAGAAGAGUUAGCAGGCUACUUAUUCUCCAUUGUUUCAGUGCAAUUUUGAGGGCCAACCACAAGCUGAAAAUGUUUGAGAGGGUGCUUGCCUCGUUAGAUUUGAAAUCAUCUAGCUCUGGCUAACAUUAGUUGUUGAUUUUAGGGAGUGAUAAUCUACCUGUUCUUGGUUGUUUGAUCAAUAGGACUGUAAGGUUCACAAAUGUAAGAGGACUCCCGUGGGGUUAACAUAUUUGCAGAAAUCAAUUUUCAGGUGUAUUUUGUGGCUUUUGGAGAAUGCUUUCUAAUGGUUUAAAGUCACGCUGUUGCUACUGCCUGUAAACACACAGUCCAGUUCAUAGUGAAUGAUGACAGGGUCUACUGCCUGUAAACACACAGUCCAGUUCAUAGUGAAUGAUGACAGGGUCUACUGCCUGUAAACACACAGUCCAGUUCAUAGUGAAAGAUGUCAGGUCCAUGUGGCAAAUGGCUUAUUUGCAUAUAGGCCUACUGUGUAGAAUCCGGGUCUGGACAGGACAGGACUGACACGUUUUUAAUGAGGUUUUAUUUACUGCAGUGUCUAUUAAUUGUCCAAAUGCAGGGCUGCUUUCCCCACUAUAUAUUGCUAUAGAAUUUUCACAAAUGCCUUACUCUACAUAAUUUCCAAACAUUCUAUGAAAGUAGGAAAAUAACCAUAUUUUAGUGCUCGCUUGUCAGAAAAUGCUGUCAGUUCCACUUUAAUAGCACAUUUGCUUCCAAUAGCUCUUUGAAGAUGUCCUGUGCCUAGUUGGCCAAGGUGAGACUAGCAUCCACAAUGUUCUUUCAUUUGAAACGAUGCUAGUUGCUCACAGUGGGAAAAGGAAACUAUAAAUGUUGAGAUUAAGUCAUUUUGAGAAUUUUGUCUGCUUGAAAAUACUUACAAGCACUUUAUUCUUUGAGGUAUGAGUAUUGACACGUCAUACAUUAUGUAAGUGUGCUAUUUGAAUGGCAAACUUAUGUUGAAUGGCUGUCUUUGUUUACGUUUGAAGUAUUAUUUCAAGAUACCAGUCCUAAUGCUUGUAUUAGUUCAGUUCCUAAGGAUGUCUAACCUACAUGACCUGAACAGGCCCUGCGUUUAAACUUCACCCGCCGCAAGUGAUUGUCAAUCAAAUUACCUGGUGUUGUUGUGUCAAUCUUUGCCUUAGCAGUAGGCCUAAUUUGAAUGAUGAAAUAUAAUUAGCAUUAUAUGCUAAUGGUUAUACUGUACACUGGCUGUAUUUACAGUGCCGUGAAAAAGUAUUUGUCACCUUAUACUCCAUAAAUUGUUGUGCCACCUUUAGCUGCAAUGAGCUGCACAUAUUUCUGUGUCUGAAUGUUAUCGAUCUUUAACCAAAACCUAAUAUUAGAUAAAGGGAACCUGCGUUUACAAAUAACAAAAAAAUAUGCAGUGUAUAUACUAAUUUUAUUUAUUUAAUUAACAAAGUUAUGCAACACCCAAUUCCCCUGUGUGAAAAAGUAAUUGCCCCAUAUACUCAAUAACUGGUUGUUCCACCUUUAGCUGCAAUGACUCCAACCCCACACUUCCUGUAGUUGUUGAUCAGUCUCUCACGUCACUGUGGAGGAAUUUUGUCCCAGUCUUGCAUGUAGUACUGCUUUAACUCAGUGACAUUUGUGGGUUUUUAAGCAUGAACUGCUCGUUUCAAGUCCUGCCACAACACUUCAAUUGGGAUUAGGUCUGGACUUUAACUAGGCCAUUCCAAAACUUCAAAUGUGUUGCUUUCUAGCCAUUUUCAUGUCGACUUGAUUGUGUGUUUUGGGUCAUUGUUUUGCUGCGCUUAAGCUUCAACUCAGACGGAUGGCCUGACAUUCUCCAGUAGAAUUCUGAUACAGAGUAGAAUUCAUGGUUCCUUCUAUUAAGGCAAGUCGUCCAGGUCCUGAGGCAGAAAAACAUCCCCCAACCAUCACACUACCACCACCAUGCUUCAGCGUUGGUAUGAGGAUCUUACUGUGGAAUGCAGUGGUUGGUUUUCACCAGACAUAAUGUGACCCAUGUCGUCCAAAAAGUUGAAUCAAGUUUGCCAAAAGGCACCUGAAAACACCUGGAUGAUAAUCAAGACUUUUGGAAGAAUGUUCUAUGGACAGAUGAUUCAAAAGUAUAACUUUUUGCACACUGAGUUACAGCAGUUUUGCAUUGAAGAGUGGGCCAAAAUUCCUUCACAGCGACGUGAGAGACUGACCAACAACUACAGGAAGUGUUGGGUUGUAGUCAUCGCAGCUAAAGGUGGAACAACCAGUUAGAGUAUAAGGGGGCAAUUACUUUUCCACACAGGGGCAUUGGGUGUUGCAUGUUUAGAAAAUAAAUAAAAUAAGUAUGUAAUUGUUAUUUGUUCACUCAGGUUCCAUUUGUCUAAUAUUAGGUUUUGAAGAUCUGAUAACAUUCAGUAUCAAAAAUAUACUGAAGUAGAGAACAUUAAAAAGAGGGCAAAUCCUUUUCAUGGCACUGUAUCUAACUUUUCUUAUUAUCAAUUAAGUAGAAAGCUCCGACCAUUGCACUUAUCUGUUGAUAUGAUAGCUCAUUCAUUCAUACAGUAGUUUACGGCUUGGUUUGGUGAAACCAGUUACAUGAAGUAAAAGUCAAUUCAAGUGCAUUAUUUAAGUGUGGGAUUACUAUGUAAUAUAAAGUUCAGUAUACAUUUUAUGCUAUUUUCAAAUGCAAAUCGUAUUGGCAAAAAAGUUCAAAUGUAGCUGAAAUGCUAGAAGGUUCCUUCAUCAAUGAUGGUUGUUAAUUGUUGCAUCGUUUUUCUUCAAAGAAAAUGUAGGAACUAUUUCCCGUUUAGAGUGAUGUGGUAUUAACGAACGGUCAAUGUGGAUUUUAUUUCUUUCUCUCCAUUGGAUUGUCAAGUACUAUUUGCUGGAGUGUAAACUCUUACUUGUUGACAUUAGCGGAUGGAUUGCUUUAUUUAAAGUAGGGAAAAGGUCAUUAUUAAUUUCCCUUUGUCGUUUUAUCAUACUUUGAUAGACUGACAACAAAAUAUGACUGAGCGCCUUACCGUGUAAUAAAUAGUAAGUGUAUUAAUGAAACACUUUCAUUCUUCUUUUUAGAGUACUUCUUUAUGCAAUUCAGUGUACAGCACAUGUUGCAGAACAUGGUAUUAAAAGCACAUUGCCAUAACCAAGACAAUUUACAGGAGCAAGUUGAGGUUCUUUCGAUUUGUUAUGAAAAGGAGCUGUGGAGGUGAAAAAUAAAGAGUGAAAUUGAGAGCUAACAGAAUUGAAGUUAUUUGUUGGGAGAAAACAGAAGUGAUCUAAUUGAUCCUGGAAGAGGGAGAAGGGGAGAGAGUUGAACGUAGGGAGGUUUUUUGUGCGAAGUAGUGGAAUUGACUUCAACCGUGUGACUGUAGUGGAAAACGUACUUCUCUUCAGUGCCUGUUCGAUUUUAGAUAAGGGUUACAGUUUGUUUGUUUGGUAAGUGUAUUUAUUGCUUGACAUUUACGUUAUCACCAAGCCUUGCCUAAUGACACUUGAACAUUUUAGAAAUGAUUGUCUGCCAUAUUACUGCUCCUUUCAACAUUAAUGUGUAUCACUGUGAGCCCUGUGCUCCAAGGACUCUCACAGGAUGUGUGAAGAAUUCAAAAAAACGUGUCCAUCAAGCUUUUUUACAGUCAAAUUUCUUCUUUGUUUUGUAUUAACUUGAGUGCAAAUUCCAUGAUUGUAAAACAGUUGUACGUUAGCAUACAGCACAAUAAAAAAAGUACCCCCAG